AUGUCCUCCCCAACAGAAUCAAAGCCAAGAGGUCAUACCAGAAGUCCUUCUUUGGAACCUGGUGCCAACCAUCGCAAUGAAAGCCGUCCAAGAAGCUGGUCUCAGUAUCCACGAAACAGGUCGUUGUCUCAAAGUCGGAGCCGAAGCGUUCGUCGGUACAGAAGUCGAAGCAGAAGCUUUAGCCGAAGCCCAAGUCCGAACCAUCCUCCUAGAAGCUCGAAGAUUGUUGUUGAAAAACUAACAAAGAAUGUCACCGAAGCUCACCUCCGUGAAAUAUUUGGUGGAUUUGGGGACAUACAGAAUCUGGAUAUUCCUAUCAACCGAGCUUUCAUGACAAAUAGAGGUACUGCAUAUAUUCUUUACUAUGACCCUGCAGAUGCGGAAGCCGCUAUCGCGCAUAUGCACGAAGCUCAACUUGAUGGUGCCGUGCUGAGUGUCUCUAUCGUUCUUCCCCGACGAGCAUUUUCACGUUCGCCGCCACCAGCUCGAGGUGGCAAAGGAGGGUUUGGCCGUCACAGACACAGUCAACGACAGACAUUAGAUACUCGUUCGUCUCGUCCUUCACCAUACUCGCACAGGUCACCACCCUCUUCCAAGAGGUAUGCUCGUUCCCGGCCAAUGGAAAAACAUGAUUUAUAUCGCCCGCGUUCGAUUUCGCGCUCCCAGUCUCCGCGUGGCUCCCGUUCACCUUCCUUGCAAUCUCAAUCAAGAUCACCACCAAGAAGGAGGGCAAACCCACGCACAGAUAGUCCUCGACGUCAUCAACGCCGAAGUCCUAGCUAUAGCAGCUAUGAUUACAGCAGUCCAAAUGGUAGCGGCCAAAGCCGAAGCCGAAGCUCUAAUCGUCGCAGCUUACCAAGAAAGUGA